AUGCUCUGUAGAGCCCAGGACGUACCGUCGGUUGCAGUUCUUGGAUCAGCAACACGAGUUGUGAAACGGAGCCGGCCGACUUCCCUCAGGGUCACAGCAACAUCACCGGCCUGCGGCGAAAGGCAGCUGCUCAAUUACUCGUGGUCAGAAGUUGGUGGAGCUGGAUACGACGAAAUCGGUACUGAAGUGUUUCAGGGCUUGGCGCAGCGCGAUCCUACGGUCAUUACGUUUCCUGCGUACACCCUGGGCUAUCCUGGGUCCAGCUACCUCUUUGCCGCAGCUGCGACUUCGCAGCUGUCGGAAGCGAGCGCCUCAACGACCGUGGAGGUGCGUUAA